GCAGCAGCUGGAGCAGGAGCAGCAGGAGCUGCAGCGCCAGGAGUUUGGCUCAGCAGCGCAGCCUCUCUCUGGAGGAAGGAGCUGACACUUUGAUUCCGUUUCCCCUUCUCAUUUUUUUAAUUUUUUUUAUUUAAAUUUACUCUCAAAUUAAUUUGUGCACUUGCGAUCUUGACAACAGCGCACCAACACAAACACAAACAGCGGAGCAGCGCUGGAGCCAUGGAGCUGUCCUCCAUAGGAGACCAAGUGUUCGCCGUGGAGUCAAUAACGAAGAAGAGAGUGAGGAAGGGUAAUGUGGAGUAUCUACUGAAAUGGCAGGGAUGGCCCCAAAAGUACAGUACCUGGGAGCCUGAGGACAAUAUUUUGGACCCGCGUCUGGUGCUAGCAUAUGAAGAAAAUCAAGAGAAGAUCCGAGCUCUGGCCUAUCGCAAGAAAGGUCUCAGACCCAGGAGGCUCGUGCUGCGGAACAUCUUUCCCAUGGACCUGCGCAGCACCAACAAGGUCCCAGAGAAGCCCCCGCCCCGGCUUCGUCUCUCCCUCACCCGCUCCAUGAGCACGGACGUGGAUGGACGCACCAUCAGGAGCAGGCAGAGGAGGCCGGUGCCCAAAAGGGUCCUGGAGGGGCAGUCCAACAGACGGGUCGGCGCACUGAGAAAGAAGGUGGAGGAGGAGCCCACGGAGGAGGACUGGAGCAGCAACAGUGAGGAGGAGAAGCAGGAGUUGGAGAGCGCCACCGAGGAGAGACGAGAAGACAGUGUUUACGGCCAAUCGGAGUGCAGCUCCCCGCCCCAGCUGGAGCGACAGGACUCAGAGAUGGAGGUGGAGGACAAGGUGGACGCCAGCCUGACACUGGUGGGUUCAGACACGUGGACUGACGGGUCAGACGGAGGAACGUGUGAAACAAGACGGGACCAAAUAUUUGUGUUCGACCAAUCAAAGGACGACUCCGUGACGCCCGUGGUCAUACCAGCAGAUCCGGUGAGAGAGGAGUCAGAAGUGGACGAAGGUGAGGCGGACAUAAAGUCCCACUCUGAUGGUCUCAGAUUAGACACAAGUGACACAACGACAGUAAUAAUGGGCGUUGAGGAGAGAAGUCAGACCACAGGUGAGACUCCCUCCAACACUGCUGUCUGCUCCUCCACUGAGGUGAAGGAGGAGGAGGAGAAGGAGGCGAAAGACGACAAUCAGAGCGCACUCACUAUGCUGCCAGGUGAUGGGUCUCCUCCAGCUUCACCAGAGCGUCCUGGGAAGGUGAUCAUGACGCACGUGACUAUCAACUCCCUGACGGUUACAUUCAAGGAGGCGACGGUGGCCGAAGGCUUCUUCAAAGGCUACUGAAGGAAGGAGAAAUCAAAGAGCGCCUGAGCACACACUGGCCACUCCUUUUCUACCUGUAAAUACCUGUAUGUGAAUAAUUCCACCUUUAUGAAGCUCCGUUCAUUUCCUACUGAGUUCCAUAAAGACAUUACUGCCUUUGAAAAACAAAGAAAAAAAAUUAGAGGGAAUUUUGUCUCUGGGGCUCAUUUUAAAGACUGACAGGUCACCUGACUUUCAAAUGGAUUUGUUAAAAUAAUUAGUUGCAAUACAAUGAUCAGUCAGGUUUCAAUCUUGGGUUUGGAGACAUGUUCGAGGUACAAUUCCAAUGUCCGAUUCAAACCACUUCCACACAGCUACUGUAUCUUACUUAACACUUAUCCUCAGUGCUUUCCAGGCAGACCCCAGUCUCACGCUCAGAUCUGUAACCGGAGCCUGUUCUCAGUUGCUCCUCUUUCGUACCAAUGAUGGUUUUGUAAAAGACACUACUCCUCCUUUUCCAGUGUUAGCACCGAGUUAGCCGCAUGCUCUUGUCAGUCUGUACCCCACACACAAAGCACUGUCCUGUUGUCUCUUUGAGGUUUAUUUCCGUCAUUAAAGAAGAAAAACAAAAACCCAAAGUUAUAGAACCGUUGCUUCCUGCUUAGGUGAAGUUCUGCAUUUUUAAAAGAUGGAUGAAGGCACCCAAGAAGUCGUGGGCUGUGAUCAAUGUACUCUGUGCUUUUACUUUAUAAAUGCUUCCUGGGUCUAUUUUUGUAUCACCGCUUUAGUUCGCUUUCAUCAAACUAGACUUUGUGGGAUUUCAAAAGUUGUAAGAAAUGAAAUCAAGUCAAUUUACACUGUCAACGCUGUGUAAGGUAAUAAUGUUGAAAAUGAAGAAAAAUGUAUGUUACAGUCAGACUGUAGUGAGAUGUUAUUUAUUGCAUGUAACGUGUACGCUAGACCUACGUCACCUGAAGUGUGUGAAUAUGUAACAGAGACUCUCUGUCUAACCUUUCGUCACUACUUUUUUAUUUUAAUUGUAUUUCCAAUAAACGUGUACUAAAAGAAA